AUGUUCAAUGAUACUGCAGAAUUUUUUUGCUAUGCAAUUGGAUAUCCAUAUCUAGAAAUUCAAUGGUCUUUGGGUAAGAGCAAGUCUGGUGAAGACAUGAUUGAUCAAAAGAACAAAUUGAAAUUAUGUGAAAAAAAUUCAACAUUUAUAUGGCAAGUUACAAGAUCUGUUGAUGUAACAUGUGAAGCAUGUCUUGCUCAUGAUAAGGAUGAUUGUUCAAUGGAAAUAUUUAAAAUAUCAUUGGUUGAUGUACCAGAUGAUUUUGGCAUAAUAAAAACUAAAAAUAUAACGACUGCUGGUGAUUCAUUCGAAGCGUCGUGUUUGGCAUCAAUUCAUACCUACAAAGAUGCCAAUUGGUAUUAUCAAAAUGGCACAAAAAUUGUAUCAAAUAAUAAUAUUAUUAUCGAAAAUGGAACAACUAUAUCAAGCCAUCAUUCAGAUUUAAAAAUAAAAUCAGUACCAAAUAUCAAAACAUUAAUGUACGCAUGUAAGGCUGAGAAGAAAAAAGAUAAUAAAAUUGAUACAAUGGAUAUGAAUGUAACUAUUUAUGAUCAAUUAGCACCAUUAUUUGUUCAUACAAAUAUGUAUAACAAAACAGUUGAAUAUGACCCAAGUACAGAUGGAUCAAUUGUACUUGAUUGUCAUGUUCGUGGUUAUCCAGUACCAUCAAUCACAUGGUUUAUAAAUGAUACAGAAAUUUUAUUAACUAAUAACACAUCAUGGAUAAUGAUUCAGCAUACUAAACUUAGUGAUGAAAAAUCAAAACGUAAACAGUUAAUUUUUGCUGCUACAUCACAAUUGGUAAAUAGUGAAUUGCCCAAAAUAAAGGAAACACUUACAAUUACUGAUCAAAUUAAAUGUUUACCAUAUGAUAAAAGGUUUGAAUUUUCAUCUGAUAAUUUGGUACUUGGUAAACAAUUAGGAAGUGGUGCAUUUGGUGUUGUUCGGCGAGCUGAAGCAAAUGGAAUUGUUAAAAAAGGAACUAAAACAACUGUUGCAGUUAAAAUGGUCAAGCAAACAAGUGAUCCAUCACAUUUAACAGCACUUUCAAAUGAAUUAACAAUAAUGAUACAUUUGAGAAAACAUGUUAACAUUGUGAAUUUACUUGGUGCAUGCACCAAAAAUAUUUCUAAUGGUAUAUUAUACGUUAUUAUGGAAUUUUGUCGUUAUGGAAAUUUGCACGAGCAUAUAAUAUUGAACAGAACAACAUUUGUUAAUCAAAUUGAUGAUAAUGGCAAUAUUAAUCGUUCACUUGGCAAAAAAAGUAAUCAUGAUGCUGAAGAGUCUAACUCACCAUCAUGUAAUAAUGCUGUAAGAACCUAUCGUAAAGCUGAUGAUAAAAAUAAAAAACUUCAACCAAUAUGCACUGACGACUUAAUUUUAUGGGGUUUUCAAGUUGCCAGAGGAAUGGAGUUUCUCAGUCAACGAAAGGUACUUCAUGCUGAUUUAGCUGCAAGAAAUCUCCUGUUAUCGGAUGGUAAUGUCGUGAAAAUUUGUGAUUUUGGGCUCGCCAAAAAUAUUGACGCGGGUGGCAUUUACCAAAAAACCAAUGGUACAUGCCUACCAGUCAAGUGGAUGGCGCCAGAAUCCAUUAGUGAAUUAAUAUUUUCAACGCAAUCUGAUGUCUGGUCGUUUGGCAUUGUGUUGUGGGAGUUCUUCACUCUCGGCUGGACACCAUAUUUUAAUAUGGAUUUGCAAACUCAGUGUGAAGAAAUUAAAAAAGAAAAAAGACUAAAGCAACCGAAAUUUUCAACUGAGAAAAUAUACGAAUUAAUGAAACGCUGCUGGAAUAGAAAACCACAAAAGCGGCCUACCUUUUCACAAUUGAUAGAAGAAUUAUCAAAAUUAAUGGAGAAAAAAACAGUUGACCUUCACAUCAAUUUGAAUGAUCGAUUUUUGGAAAUGAAUCGAACAUUUGAGAGUGGAAGAAAAGAUUAUUUAUCAUUAAUGUCUGCUCCCGAUUAUAAUGUUGUGUCAUCAAUGGGUUCAGAUUUAACUUCCGAUGGUACAAAUGAUUCGGAUAAAAAAACUACUGAAUUAACGCCAAUGUUGAGUCAAAGACAGAAAGAACAAUUAUUUUGGACUCGUAAUCCAAAUUAUGUGGGGGCUGCACCACGAAUAAACGGCCGGCAGGGUUGCCAGACAGUCUAA